UUUAAAAUCAUAUCACGGAUUUUUAUUUAGGUUUUACGAACCAGACUUUUAAAUAAUAAAUGAAUAUUAAUGUAGAGCCUGUUUAGAAAAUAAAGAUGGCAGCGCCCUUGGGAUCAAUAUCGGUGCGACUAAGCACUGCAAACUUCACAUGUAAACGACGCGAAAACAGACCAGCAAUUACUAAAUCAGCUGAGGGUACAACAAGUGAUCUAUUGUCAACGGAAAAAUGCACCGAAAAUAGCAAGACAAAACAAGAAAUAGCGUGUGUUCCAGUUAUUGUUGAAUUCCGACGUCUCCUCGAGAGUGUCAAGUACAAAAGCAUUGACGUCGUGCCUGGGAUUUCAAAUGUUGAGUUACUCCAUACAGUAGUUGGUCUCUAUGACACAUGUCUUCCUGAUAUCACCCCUCAAGUUCUCUAUUCUACUGUGACUGGAAAAUGGGCUAAAACACUUGUACUUCUCAGAAGUAGAAAGGAUGUGGCCCUGGAACUGCAGAAAAGGAUUCUCCAACGGGAGAGAGAAAUAGAGCAAAAUACGGCACAGAAAGGAACAAUAUCACAGAACAAUAAUGCUAAUGUGAACAAAGACUCUUCCAUCACCAGUGACGACCCAACUAAGACGACAAACUCUGAUGCAGAUCUAGAUCCCAGCGUGACUAACGAUUCAGGUGAAACCAAAGAAAGUCCUCUUUUGAGAUUACUAGAAAUUGGUGGUGACGGAGAGGCAACUAAUGUAAUACAGAACAGUAAAGGCGCUAAUAGUCAACCUGGUGGGGAAAGAGAUGAUGCUAAUGAUGCGGUUGCUAAAGAGGAGGUGGAUUGUGUUGCUAAGGAGGAUGAAGAUUCUGUUGCUAAGGAGGAUUUAGAAGAUGUCUUGGAGGAGGAAGAGCAGAGGAAGGUAUUCGCUGAUGUGUUCAGUGACUCUGACAGCGAGGAGGAAGAAAGUGAAGAAGAAGAGGAAGAAAAGGACUUCUCAAAAGGUAUCCAUGAAUUCCUUAGAGCAGUGAAACAGAGGAAGGAGAGGAGAGAGGAGUUGAGUUUAAACCCAACCCUGGAAGAAAUAGAAUCAACGGUCGGGAUAGAGUCAAGGAUUGUGGCUUGUGCAACUUGGGAAAAGUCUCACAUCCGUCCAGGUGAGAAGAUUGUCCAGAUCGAUUUGAUGGGCGUGAGAAAGAGAUGCAGAAGAUGUGGUAUCGGGAGAUAUUUGUUAAGGCAAAUGAAAGAUGUAAGCAUCGUUGGACCUUAUGAUUCUCUAGUGGUGUAUGCUGACCAUUCCGCGGUGGAUUUCUUUGCGCUUCAUGGCUUCAGUGAUGACAUUGUCUUGAAUAGUAAAUACUCUGACCUAGCUGAUAAUUGGACCAACUGCACCCUCAUGUGCUACAUACCUCCUUUUGUUGGACAAACAAUUUUGAAGGAAACAGACAUGACCCUUGACCUGAAAGAGCUUGAGAUGGAGCUUCAGAAAUGGACAGAGAAAAGCAGAGAUGCGUACCAAGGUCAGGUCUCAUGCAUUAUGAGGUUACGACACGAGGUCAUCGCACUUCGUGCUCUGGUGAGUUCACAAAAAGAUCUUAUUAGCUCAUUGACAGAAGAGCUUGAAAGCACUCAGACAGACAAGCUCAUGAUAGAGAAAAGUUUUCUGGAGCAUAGAAUAGCAGCCAUCAAAGCAGGGUAUUAUGAGAGGCACUAUGGUGAUGGUCCAUCAAACGGGACUGCAAAGGAGUCCCAGACAGAGAAUCAUUACACCACUGGUACCGAUGGAGACGAUGAGGCAGAGGAUGAAAGCGAUGAUGAUGGAGAAGAUGAGGAGGAUGGAGAAGAUGACGAGGAGGAUGAUCAUGAUGGGGAUGUAGAUGAAGAGGAGGAGAUAGAUACAGAGACUUUAAUCAAAGCUCUAGAGGCUGAAGCAAGAAACUUGAAAGGUCGAAGACAGAGUUUUGAUAUUGGAGGCCUGGUUGAACAACGGGAGAUCGCUGAGCGUUUUGAAUCGGAGAUGAUUGACAAUCCUCGACCCGGAGCAAGAUGUCAUGUGACCAAGGUUACCAUGGCAAGCCUUUCAUCUGCUCUGAGAGAACUGUAUCAGCUUCGUCUAAAUCAGCUGGGGGAUCCAUCCAUCUUCACUGAGCUCUACUACUGUGGAAGCCUUCAUCAUCCAGAACGCAUCAACAAAAUCAUGAGCAAUGGGUUUUCAGAUGAAGAUUUGACGUACGGAGAAUAUGGAGUUGGGCUGUAUUUUUCAAGCCAUCCAGGAACAGCGGCACACUUUUCAGCAUUGGGUAAAAUGAUUCUGGUUGAAGCUGGCCUUGGCAGAACUGAAUCUGUGAUCAAGAAAGAUAGAUUCCGGCUAACAGCUCCUGUAGGAUUUGAUUCAAUCGUGACCCCAGGAAGACUCUCUGCCAUGAGCCCGAGUGGUGGAGAUGGUGCACAUGAUCUCACGGCACCAAGCAAAUGCAAUGAAUAUGUGAUUUUUGACCAUCUUCAGGUAAAACCAAUAUGUUUGAUUGAAUAUACCACUUCACAGGCCAGCGUUAAGAGUGUUAGGUUGUAAAUGCCUUCAUUUCUACCUUUCUCAAAGCAUUGAAAUCGUUUUCCCUGAACCCUUGUAAAAUACAUACAUUGCCGUCCACUGUGUUUCUGUGGUUUUACCAUGCAGAAAUCAACCAUUAUUUUACCAUGCUUUCUGUGAUAACAUUUUUUUUUAUUUUAAAUCUGUUAAAUUCUUAUAAUUUGAAAAUAUUUACUGAAAGUUUUGCCCUGAAAAGUAUAA